AUGUCGGAAGUGAGGUCUAGUGAGUUAGACACCGGGCUGUCGUCUAGCGGUGGUCUGAUCGAGGGUGAUACAGCCGUCUCUACCCCUCGUCAAGUUAGGGCUUUUUAUGCCCUCCACGAAGAGUGUGGGCUGGACGCUGAUACAGUGGCCAGGUUUAGAGAUAGGUUCCAAUUCCCUGCACGGGUCCAGGUUCGUCGGCCUGGUCCUGAGGAUCGAGCUUGCCAUUUCUUCCCAGGUGAAGUGUGCUUCUACGAGGCUGCUUUUACCUCCGGGUUUAGAUUUCCCGUCCAUCCCUUGGUGAUGGAGUUACUGGAUUACUUUGGCAUUGCCCCCGGGCAGCUCAUACCGAACUCCUGGAGGAUAGUCAUUAAUUGUAUGGAGAUUUGGCUGGCUGCCAACGAGGAUUUGAUCAAAGUGAGUGAGCUCGUCCAUAUCUAUCGUUUGAAAGAGUCAAAGGAGUUCGGGUAUUACGAACUAGUCCCUUGGACGAGGAGGACUAGAAUCGUUAAGGGUCUAGCCUCGUCAUUCAGGUAUUGGAAGUCCCGUUUCGUUUUCGUGUCAGGGGAUGACUUUGAGACCCCUUCCAGUGAGGCUUGGGGUGACAUCCCAAGGUUACUUCGUCGGUGGGGAACCCCAAAUUUAGUAAAAAGGCGUCCCAAGUUGAAGAGCAAAUACCAGGAACGUCUUCAAAAGUCAAUCGAAUACUCCCAAUCGAUUGAGAGUUGGGACGACCUUCUGGACCCGCGGACACUUGCCUUCUACUGUUUGGGCGCGGAUCCGUCUCCCUACGUUUUGCGCAGCAUCAGCAUUGAGGAGAAGAAGAAGAUGACUACCAAAUUCAACAAGGACAUGUAUGCCAAAAUGAGAGCGAAGAAGGACGAACCCUUGGCCAGCAUUGGCAAGAAAGUAGUUCGCGUGACGGGGAAGGGUUCGUCCGCCGUGGAUGCUACUCCGAUUGCCCCGGGGGUAGAGGGUGUCCGAGUAGCUUCUCCUGCCAAUUAUGUCGAGGAAAUCCCCACUCCGUCAUCAAAGAGGCCGAGGAUAUCAGCCAAGGACAAAGAGAAGGAGAAAACAGGCUCUUCCAUAUUUGAUGACGAGGGUGUGGCCGUAGAGCGGGCACACAACAUUGUGAAAGCAGAGGAACUGAAGGUCUUCUCUGGGGUUCCUGUCAAUGUCGUCGCGAGUCAGCAUGUCCACAAGAUAAUGCAGGUGUUGGGGGAGAGCCUCCAUCUGGCUUCUGAGUGUCUCACUUAGGAGGCUAAGGUGGCCUCCUUGACUUCUAGGAUGGAG